AUGGUUAAAAGGAGAAGUGCCACCGGGAAGAAGAACUACGUUGGCGGCGGAGGAGGCGGGAGCAACAACUGUCGACACUCGGAUUUCGAUUUCGCUGAUGAAGACCAGCGCGUGGAGGCUGAAUCCCAAAGAUUCCUCGCCAAAUUCCGGGUUCGAAGCCCUUGCAAAAAAACUGCACACAAUCGACGACCUCUUGACAAAUACUACUUACUCGAGUUCUUUGCACAAGAAGCCACUCAACAAAAGGAUUAUGGGAGUGAGAAGCAGCAGAACUCUGAACAUUCCACAUGCCAUACUAAAUCCCGUGGACCAGCAGGCCGGAAAGGUUACAAAACUGGCACGAAGCAUAACAAAGUACUGUGUGUAGAUUCUGAUGAAGAUGGACAAAUGGAUUUGAGAUCAUCAAGUUCUGUUUAUGUUGAAGAGAAUCAAGGUUCAUCAAAGAGACAAUCGUCAGACUAUGAAGCCAACAAUAAUGAUUGUGAAUCAGUGGUGGUUGUUUCACCCUCCUUUGUUAAAUAUGCGAAUAAGCAUUAUACGAGCUGUCACUUAAUUUUUUCUCAAAGGUGCAUCAGACUUGAGAUAUCCCCAGGCGAGGGAAACAAAGAUCCUAGCCUUGAAUGGCCGACAUGUGAUAUUAUGAAAAUUGAGCAUCAGCAAUGUAAAAGUGCUAAAGCCGAAUUUGUCAAUCUACUCUUAAAAUCCAAAUACAUAGUCAUUGCUGAUACUGGGAAUCAGAACUCAGGCAGUGUACAGCUUGAGUUUGUUGUUCAUGAUAGUUCUGAGUGGCCUGGGAAACUAGCGGGCAUAAAAUCAUUGGGUCUGAAAUAUGAAGCUGCUUGGGAAACUAUCAUAAAUGAAUGCAAUUUUGAUGAGUCCUUUGAAGGCGUAGUCUAUCCAGAUGGGGAUCCUGAUGCUGUCUUCAUAACUAGAGAGGACAUCGAGCUAUUACAGCCAAAGACUUUCAUCAAUGAUACUAUUAUUGACUUCUAUAUCAAGUAUCUCGUAAAUAAUUCUAACAAGGAGAAGCAGCGUAGGUUCCAUUUCUUCAAUACAUUUUUCUUUCAGAAGCUUCUGGAUAUGGAUCGGGAUCUAUCUCGAGAUUGUGAAAAUAACGAUGCUUUUCAACGCGUUCGUAAAUGGACGAGGAAUAUAAAUAUUUUUGAAAAAGACUACAUAUUUAUUCCUGUAAACUUCAGCCUGCACUGGAGUCUGAUUGUUAUCUGCUAUCCUGGGGAAGUUGCUAACUUAAGAGGCAUGAUGAUUCUUUGCACAAAUGUUAUGCCUUUUUGUUUAUUUAGUUUUUUGUUUCCCCUCAUAUUUGGAUAUCCUUGUGCAGACAAAGAUCUGGAUAGCAUAACUAAGGUGCCAUGCAUUUUGCAUAUGGACUCACUAAGAGGAAGCCAUGGAGGGCUCGAGAAUCUUAUUAAGAGUUACUUGUGGGAAGAAUGGAAAGAGAGGGGCUACAAACAAGAAAAUGACAUUUCACAAACUUUCUUGAAUUUGGAUUUUAUCGAGCUUCAGCUUCCACAGCAAGAAAACUUGUUUGACUGCGGGCUCUUCUUGCUUCAUUAUGCAGAACUUUUUUUGGAGUUGAAUAUCGAUUCAACUAAAUACGCCAACUCUCUCAAUCAUGACUGGUUCCUUGCUGCUGAGGUUUCUCUUAAAAAACGGCACCAUAUUAAAAAACUGAUCCACGGGAUAGCUAAAGACAGAAAAAAUCGUAAUGAACAAUUUCAAAGUGGUGGUAGAAAUCAAGGGGACAGUAACUCCAGUGAUGAAUUUGAGAUUAAAGAGCAACAAUCAUUCUCAGCCAAGUUCAAAAAUAACAGAUCAGUAAAUAAGGAUAAGCAUGAUAAGCUGCUGCCGCCAAUUAAUCUUUUCCGCAAAAUGACUUUGCCGAUGGAGGACACAAUCGGGAAUCACAAGGCCUCUCUCCCAGCAGGGGACCACACAUCAAACAGAUACAAAACCGGAGGAGAUUAUAAUUACAUAUCGGGAAAAAUGGAGGUCUCAGGAGAAACAUCUUCCAGUGGGACUCGGAUUAUAAUCGACAUGCAAAACGAGGGUGAUUGUGUUUCUGAAGUUGCAUCUUCCUUUGGAAGGCAGGGAAAGCGGCAUGGUAGCCUCUCAAUUUCGUCUGAUGAUCUUGAGACCUGUGUUGUUGAUGAUUCUGAAGAGGAAAGCGAGACGGAGAACACUAGAAGGGCCAGAAAACCCUCUUUACUGAUACAGUAA